AUGUUUCAAUGGAAGUGGCCUGCAUUCUAUACCGCGCCAAUGACGCAGGUUGUGCUCGUCGGCAUAACAUGCUUCGCCACGGUGGGUAUGUUCAAUGCAGUCAGUAACUUGGGCGCCGGAGGGCUGGAGAACAUCUCGCUCUCCGACACCGCCAACGGUGUCCUAUAUGGCAUGUUUGCGCUUACGGGCUUAGUGAGCGGAUCCAUCAACAACAUAAUCGGACCCCGGCUCACACUGUUCUUCGGCACUCUUGGCUAUGCGCUCUAUGUCGGUGCUCUUUGGUGCUAUCAGACUCAAGGCACCAGUUGGUUCCUGAUUCUGGCUGGUGCAAUUCUUGGUAUCACAGCUGCGCUGCUUUGGUCCGCGCAAGGUUCAAUUAUGAUGAGUUAUCCACUCGAGAAGGACAAGGGCAAGGCUUUCGCGGUGUUCUGGGCCCUAUUCAUGUUUGGCUCCUUCAUCGGUGCCGUUAUCGCCUUUGCAAUCAACGUUCGCACUGGGGAUCUCGGUUCGGUGUCCACUUCUACGUACAUUGCUUUUCUCGUCAUCAUCUUUAUUGGUGUUGCGUCCGUCGUCCUCAUCCUCCCACCACAUCUCAUCGUCCGUGGGGACGGCACUCUUGUCAAGCUGGAGGCAGCCUCCAAACCACAUGAAGAACUCGUAGGGAUGUGGAAGACACUCAAGAACUGGCGCAUCUUGGCACUCAUGCCAAUGUUCUUUGCCUCGAACUACUUCUACGCGUACCAGGGUGCUCUGAACACCGCGCGCUUUGAUGGCACCACCCGUGCAUUAAACGCUGUGCUAGAGGCCGCAGGAGCGAUUAUCGGCGCGCUCAUGAUUGGUUACCUCGUGCUCGACGUUAAAUGGGUCAAGCGCCGUACGCGUGGCUACCUCGGACUUGCCACUGUCGUCGUCGUCACGAGUAUCGUUUGGGCGUGUGGGCUCUCGUGGCAGACAACAUUCGACCGCGCGGAGGCAAAGGUGCUUCCAUUGAUCAACUACAAGGAUGCAUCGUACCGCGGCAAGGCGCCGCUGUUCUUCUUCUAUUACUUUGGCGACUCGUGUUACCAGGCCCUCGCGUACUGGAUCAUGAGUGCGCUGACGAACGACCCGUUCAUCCUUGCUCGAUACGCUGGUCUUUACAAGGCCAUGCAGAGCGCUGCUUCCGCCGGGAGCUACGGGAUGGACGCCGUUGCUACCCCGUUCCUGAACGAGAUUCUUGCUAGCUGGAUGUUGCUUGUGGUAUCGUUCCCGCUUGCGUUCUGGGUUAUCCACUCCAUCAAGGAGACCAAUUACGAUGAUGAGAAGGCGAGUCUGAUUAUGGUGUACGUCGACGACGUCCGCAACGAGACGUUGGAGAAAGGCCCUGAAGCAGAUCGCACCUCUAUGGACAAAGAGAUCGUCGAAUCUGAGAGCAAGUCAUGA